CACUCCACCCCAUCUCACUCACCUGCUCCAAUCAACGACGAGCUGCUCAACAAGCCCCGCCUCAUUUUUACUGUAUCAAACAUAAAGAGAGGAAUGGAUCAGAAGUGUGAAAUGAUGAACCUUAACAUGUUUGGAGCUUGAACAUGCAACAUGUACACAAGUCUGCUCUAAGAUUCAUCAGCAUUCAUUGGUAAAGGCGUUAUUUUGGACUUACGGUAGUAACCCGGACACCUCUGAGAGAUUUCCAGAUGGCAGACGUGGCGAAUGAAACAAACAAUGGUGCCCUCAGACAAAGUACAAAUUCCCAACCAGAGGCCGACGAGGAGAUCAAGACUACCAUGCUCCAAAAAGAAGUGGGUCUGUUCAGUGGGAUCUGCCUGAUCGUGGGGACGAUGAUCGGCUCAGGGAUCUUCAUCUCCCCUAAGGCUGUGCUUGAGGGAACAGGAGCUGUGGGGCCAAGCCUGUGUGUGUGGGCGGCAUGCGGCGUGCUGGCCACCCUUGGAGCUCUUUGCUACGUUGAGCUUGGCACAAUGAUUACCAAGUCAGGUGGUGAGUACCCAUAUCUGAUGGAGGGUUUCGGGCCCAUUGCUGCCUACCUUUACUCCUGGACGACCAUCUUCAUACUGAAGCCUUCAUCAUUCGCCAUAAUCACGCUCAGCUGUGCAGAGUAUGCUUCAGCUCCAUUUUAUCCAGGCUGCACACCGCCCGUGGUCGUCACCAAAUGCCUGGCUGCUGCCUUCGUCUUUUUGAUCAUGAUCGUAAACUGUCUCAGCGUGAAGCUGGCCAGCUACGUGCAGAAUUUCUUUACUGCCGCCAAACUCGUCAUCAUUGUCAUCAUCGUGGUUUCAGGCAUCGUCUUGCUGGCCCAAGGCAACACACAGAAUUUUCAAAAUCCAUUCAAAGGAGCGUCGACUUCUUUUGGGGCAAUUGGACUGGCAUUUUACAAUGGUCUUUGGGCUUAUGAUGGCUGGAAUCAGCUGAAUUUCAUAACAGAAGAGCUGAAAGACCCAUAUCGAAACCUCCCAUUGGCCAUCAUCAUUGGGAUUCCUUUAGUGUCUGUGUGCUACGUGCUUGUGAAUAUUGCAUAUUUUAGUGUCAUGACACCUACAGAAGUCCUUCAGUCUUCUGCUGUUGCUGUGACUUUUGGCGACAGAGUGCUGUACCCCAUGUCAUGGGUGGUGCCACUUUUUGUGGUGUUUUCCACUUUUGGAGCAGCUAAUGGAAGCUGUUUUACAGCUGGAAGACUGACCUAUGUGGCAGGACGUGAAGGCCACAUGGUGAAGAUAUUGUCCUAUAUUAGUCUGAAAUAUUACACUCCUGCGCCUGCACUGAUAUUUAAUGGGAUUCUGUCAGUCUGCUACGUUAUUCCAGCAGACAUCAACACUCUCAUCAACUACUUCAGCUUUGCUCAGUGGGUUUUCUAUGGACUCACUGCCUUCUCACUUAUCCUCAUGCGCUUCACAAAAAAAGACUUGCACAGACCCUUCAAGGUGCCCAUAGUCAUUCCUAUCGUGGUGGUGAUAGUGUCCUGUUACCUGGUUUUGGCUCCGAUCAUCGACAAACCUGAGUUUGAGUAUCUGUACUGUUCGGUUUUCAUCUUGGGGGGGCUGAUAUUUUACUUUCCUUUCGUCUACCACAAGUUCAGCUGGACCCGCAGAAUCAUGAGACCCAUUACCAUGCACCUUCAGCUGCUAAUGGAAGUCGUGCCAGCGGAGAAGUUGGAGUGAGAUCCGCCUUAUUUAUGUGGGCAAAACCUUAUACUGCAUGAGAAGUCAUUAGGAGAAUCUGCACAGAAGAUUUAACUACUUUUUAAAACCUUAAUAAAGUCAUUUUGUUUUUUUCAAAA